GGUUAGGUUAGGUUAGGUUAGGUUAGGUUAGGUUAGGUUAGGUUAGGUCAAGUCAGGUAAGGUUAGGUUAGGUAACAAUUAGAUUUGAGGCAAGAACCCCGAUUCCUAAAAUUUCCCAAAUAUUGUAACCAUUCUUAUCGUAUUUUUCUCCAUCCCCUCCCCACAAACCCCGGUUCCCGACAUUUCCCUAUGACGUCAUUUUCAUUUUUUCUCUCCCCCACCCAUGAACCCCGAUCCCCAACAUUUCCCUGUUUUUCUAACCCUCCCCACCCAAUAACCCCGGUUCCCAACAUUUCCCCUUUGUUGUUUUGCUAUUCUAUUUCUAAUAAUAAUAUUUCUUUUUAAAUAAAUAUUUUUUACAUAUUUCCUAUCUAUUUUUAUAAUAUAUUGAAUGUUUUUAUUUCUCGACAUUAAAAAAAGACAAAAUAUUUUUCACAAAUGGCAACGCUGGACACUUUCAAUUUCCUCUCGAUUUGUUUUGAUCGUGUGUUGUGGGAAGGUGUAAUUGCUUAGUGUAUUGGUGAUAAUUUUGUUCUUGCGAGACAUGUAUCUGCACGCCUGGUAGCUGGUGAAGUGACCUCAGCAGAGCUGACUGAGCGAUGCCUGGCCAGGGCAGAGAACACUCAAGACCUGAAUGCUUUCAUCACAGUCACCGGUCAGAUGGCUCGCAGGCAGGCAGCACAGGCCGACCAGAGGCGACACAAAGGCCAGUCGCUGGGCCCGCUGGACGGCGUGCCGGUGUCGGUGAAGGACAAUUACUGCGUGGAGGGCGCGCUGACGACCUGCGGCUCGCGGAUGCUGGCCGGGUUUCGGCCGCCGUACACGGCCACGGUGGUACAGCGGCUGCUGGCGGCCGGUGCCGUACUCGUCGGCAAAACCAACCUGGACGAGUUCGCCAUGGGAGUUGGUACGACGGACAGCUACUUUGGCCCGACCAAGAACGUAUGGGGCUCCAACGUCAAGUACAAACUGCUGCCCUCAUCUGGGGAGUCUGACAGCGCCGACGACCCACCACUGCCACCUAGUGACGAUGCUGCGGACUUCUACAUCCCCGGUGGGAGCUCAGGGGGCAGCGCUGUCGCCGUUGCAUCCGGAGCAAGCUUUGUGUCCCUGGGCUCUGACACGGGCGGCUCGGUGCGGAACCCUGCGGCGCUCUGCGGCCUGGUCGGCCUGAAGCCCUCCUACGGCCUACUCUCCCGUCACGGCCUGAUCCCUCUGGUGAACUCGAUGGACGUGCCCGGCCUGAUGGCGCGCUCGGUCGCCGACGUCGCGCUCGUCUUCAACUUGCUCUCUGCUCCUGACCCGCUGGACUCGACGUGCGUCCCGGAGCGGCGCACGCCGGUCUCACUCAGUGACGGCGCCGGGACGGUGCGCGGCCUGCGCGUGGGGUUACCCGUGGAGUACCACUGCCCCGGUAUGGAGCAGGAGGUGCUGCAGGCCUGGGAGGAGACGGCCGAGCGACUGUCGGCGGCCGGCGCCACCGUCACCCAGGUGAGCCUGCCGCACACGCAGCACUCGAUCGCCGUCUACUCGCUGCUGAACGCCGUCGAGGUGGCCAGCAACAUGGCCCGCUACGACGGCGUCGAGUUCGGCCACCGCUCCGGCGAGAACGCCUCCACGGAGGCCAUGUUCGCCGACUCGCGGCGCGCCGCCUUCAACGAGGUGGUGCGCGGCCGGGUGCUGGCCGGAAACUACUUCCUUCUCAGGAGACACUACGAGGACUAUGUGAUGCAGGCGAUGCGGAUACGCCGGCUGAUCGCCGCCGACUUUGAGCGCGCCUGGCGGUCCGGCUGUGACCUGCUGCUCGCUCCGGUCACCCUGUCGGACGGCCACCGGUACUCGGAGUUCACGCAGCGUGAUAGCCGCACCAACACCGCCGCGCUCGACUACUGCACGCAGCCGGCCAACAUGGCAGGUGUUCCAGCGGUGACGGUGCCGGUGCGGCUAUCGUCCCGCGGCCUGCCCGUCUCUCUGCAGCUAAUGGCUCCCAUGUUCGGCGAGCAGCAGCUGCUGCAGACUGCCCACUGGCUGGAGAGGGCCGUCCGCUUCCCGCGGCUAUGCGUCAUCGACUGACGGCCGGCCGGCCGGCGGCAGCGGCCGGAACGAGCCCCACUCCAGCGGCGGCGGGCGCAGCGUGUGCCUCCGCUCCGGCGGACUCCACAGCCGGGCAGAGGAGGAGGCCGGCUCCUCGGCUGGCCACGGCGCCGGCCGCCGGCCCCGCGCCCGGUGCGAUAGCGGAGCGGGCCCGGCCGUCGGCUCGGGCUGCUGGUACAACGGCCGGAACGAGCCCCCGCUGACGGUCGGCGGCGGACGGAACAGAGCCGGCGCGGCGGACGGCGGGCGCUGAGCGCUGCCGGCGCUGGCCGCUGUCACCGGCUGGAAACCGCCCUGGCCGACCACGGACGGCGACUGAAAGGAAACGUGGGUGGGUGCCGCCUGAGGGAGGAAGACGUUUUCGUCGCUGUGUGGCUGUGUUUGCGUGGUGCCUGGACCUGAAGACCUGACUGGUUGGUAGAAGUACUGAUGGUUGUCUGUGAGCGGUCUGAACUUAUCCUGGGCUGUCGAGCGUGACUGCAAUGUCUCCGUGUCCAACAGGGGCCUGAAUGUUUCCUGCGUGGUUGGCAGUGGCAGAAAGCGAUCUUCACUAGAUGGUGGUGACUCGAAUGUUUCUCGCGUAAAAGACACCGGCAUGAAAGUGCCAUAGCUGGUCGGCAGCGGCUGUAACACCGUCUCUAUGGUCGCCAGUGGCUGUAGCGUGUCUGCCGCCGACUGGAGCGUUUCCCGCUCGCCGGCCGGCGGCGGUCCCGGCUGCCACAUGGCUGUCGCUGGCGGCUGCCCGGUCCCCUCGACAGCAGGGAGCGGGAUGCGCUCGGCACCCCCUCCUGCCACACUGGGCGGGAGGACGGUAUUCCGGUCGGCAGAGGUCGGCGGCUCCGGGGUCGGAGGUGGGGUCAGCAUCGGCUCAGUCAGAGAAUCACCGCCAGUGACCGGCGGCUGGAGGGUCUCUGGAGCCGUCGGUAGUGGCUGGAACAUCCCACUGCUAGUGGCGGCCAGAUAUUGCUCGGUCAGCUCCAGAGGAUGAAACUGGAAACCAGCGUCUCUCGUGGUCUGGAACUGAUAUGGGUGUUCUGCCUGAUCCAAUGCCUGAAGCGGAUAGUCCGUCGGUUCCAGGGACUGAAACUGGUCUCCCUGCUUCAGAGGCCGGAACUGAAGGUCCGCCUGUUUCAAUGGCUGGAACUGUUCGUCAGCCGGCUGCAGCAACUGAUAGUUGAGGUCUGCCUGGCCCAGAGACUGGUCAGUCGGCUCCAGGGACUGAAAAUGCUGCUCUGGAGACUGGUUACUCGGCUCCGGAGACUGAAUAUGCUGCUCUGUCUGCUGCUCCGUCUGCUGCGGGGGCUGGUCGGUCGGCUGCAGCGGCUGAAACUGGUGUUUCGCCGGUCCCGGCGGCGGGAAGGUCCCGUGUCCGCCGGUGGUCUGCGGUCCGUCGGUGGCCCAUCGUCGCGCCAGCAGCGGCUCCAGCGACUGGAGCGACUCCGCCGCCUGCUCCGGCGGCCAGCCGCUCUCCUCCGACGGCGCCGCGCCGGCUGACGGAUCGUUGGCCGACUGUGAAGAGCGGGCAGCGUGUGGGGUGAUCGGUCUGGAUCGGACGGCCCCGGUCAGACGGCCGGGCCGUGUUCAGAGAUAGUCGCCAGUGGGUCAGUCUCGGUCGGGCAGCUCGUCAGUCAGUCAGUCAGGGUAUCGUCAGUCCUGUCAGCCAGUCGCUCAGUCAAUCGACCCGUUUGUCCGCUGGUCCGGUGCUACUGGGACCCUGGAUGAUGACGGGUAGUGAUUAUGUGCGUUAGUCGUAUUUAUAGCUAAUUUGUGCGCAAUAAACAGUGUUGUGAUGUACAC